AUGGCCGACGAGGAACAGCCCCCGCCCCGCAAAGUGGGCUCGUUGCGCGACCGGAUUGCCCAGUUUGAGAAGAAGCCCGAGACGACGAGUGCGCCACCCCCAGCCAGGCCAGCCCCGAAGCAAUGGGCAUGGAAGGCAAAGCAGGAGGCUGCUGUUGCUGCUGGGCCUCCCACCACUCCUCCACGCCCUGCGUUCUCAUCCAACGAUGCACGCGAGGCUAUCGCGGGUGGGAUGGGAAGUCUCAAAGAGCGCAUGGCUGCCCUUCAAGGCAGGAACAUCGGUGGCAUGGCCCCAGCCGCAAAGCCAAAGAAGAUUGUCAUCGAGCGAGAGGAACCCAAGGAGGAUGAACAAGCCGAGCCUGCUCAAGACGAAGACGAGGAAGAACAGGCGCGUAGGGCGAGACUGGCAGAACGGAUGGCCAAGCUCGGUGGAGCGCGCGUCGGAAUGGGCCCACCUCUGUUCUCACGCCCUCAGAAACACGAAGAGACGACGGAAGAUGAUAAGCACCCGAGGCCACUAGAACCCAAGGCUACGGCAGUCGAGAACGAGUCUGCGCCCGACGCCGCGGAGCCUGCCACCACCGACGCCGAACCCGCAACCUCUGACCCUCAUGUCGUCUCGGAUGAGGUCAAGCCUGCACCCUCCGACGAGCAAGCCGUACCGUCUGAUGACACCAAGCCUGCGCCCGCUGAAGAGCCAAGGACGUGCCUCCAUCGAUGA